GAGACAGCGCGUCACGUGGCUUUUCCUCCCCGUGCGCCAACAGAGACAGCUCACGAGAGAGAGGAAGGCGUCAGACACACGGCCCGAGACGACACAAGUUUAAGUUCACCAUCAUGGCCCUGCGGGACGAACUUUUAAAGUCUAUAUGGCACGCGUUUACCGCUCUGGAUGUGGACAAAAGCGGGAAAGUCUCCAAAUCUCAGCUGAAGGUGCUGUCCCACAACUUGUGUACAGUGAUGAAUAUCCCACAUGACCCCGUGGCGCUGGAGGAGCACUUUAAAGACGACGACGAGGGUCCCGUCUCCACCCAGGGAUACAUGCCGUACCUGAACAAGUUCAUCCUGGAUAAGGUGACGGAUAACUUCGACCGUCAGGACUUCAACAAAAUGUGCUGGACGUUGUGCUUCAGGAAAAACCUGGACCAAAGCCAGCUAUUCGUCUCCAACAACGACGCCUUCAAGAUCUGGUGCAUCUUCAACUUCCUGUCUGAGGACAGAUACCCGCUGAUCAUCGUCACUGAGGAGAUUGAGUACUUCCUGCGUAAGCUGACGGAGGCGAUGGGGGGCAGCUGGGUGGAGGAGCGUUUCGAGGACUACAAGCUACAGCUGAACUCGAAGCAGCAGAAUCUGAAUGCCUGGCAGCUCAUCAGCCUGGUGGGGUCGGGUCAAUUCAGUAAGGGCAUGGACCGCCAAACGCUCUCCAUGGGAAUCACCGACGUCUACCAGGAGCUCAUCCUGGACGUGCUCAAACAGGGCUACAUGAUGAAGAAAGGUCACAAGAGGAAGAACUGGACGGAGCGCUGGUUCAUGCUGAAGCCAAACGCCAUCUUGUACUACGUCGGCGAGGACCUGGCCGAACAGAAAGGAGAGAUCUUACUGGACGGAAACUGCAGCGUGGAGGCUCUACAAGAUAAAGAGGGAAAGAAGUGUCUCUUCCUCAUCAAGUCGUCACAAAAACGCUAUGAAAUCAGUGCGUCGGACAAGAAGAAGAAGCAGGAAUGGAUCCAGGCCAUUCAGACCUGUGUGAGCCUGCUGCGUCAGGGCCGGCCGGCGCCGCACCGCGAGGCUCGACAGAAGCGGCGGGAGCUGCGACUGAAGCAGCAGGCUGAACAGGAGGAGCUGGAGCUGAGGAUGAGGGAGCUACAGACGGCUAAUGAGGCUAAACAGCUGGAAUUGGAGAAGAUGAGAAAGGCUCUGGAGGAGGCGGCAGCUGAUGCAGCAGAAGAAGAACGAAGGCGACUUCAAACCCAAACUGAACUCCAGGACCGCUACAGGAUGGACCUGGAGAGAGAGAAAAUGGUACGGCAGCAGAUGGAGGAGCAGGUAGCCCAGAAGUCCACUGAGCUGGAACAGUACCUGCAGCGGGUUCGGGAGCUGGAGGACAUGUAUGGUCAACUGGAGGACGCUCUGGAGGACGAGAGGCGUGCCAGACAGGACGAGGAGACUGUCCGCAAGCUGCAGGCACGGUUGCUGGAGGAGGAGGCCACAAAGAGGGCAGAGUUGGAGGAGUUCCACCUGCGGCAGCAGCGCGCCAUCUCACAGACGGAGGCUGAGAAACAGGAGCUGGAGAGGGAACGUCUGGCCAAGGAGAGCGCCCUGCAGGCAGCAAUGAAACAACUGGACCAGCUGGAGCAAGAGAGGCAGGGGGCGCUGGAGCAGUACCAGACGGUGAUGAAGAAGCUGGAAGACGCAACCAACAAGACGACGACCUGGAAGCACAAGGUGGCUGAACAUGAGGGCUUGUUACGGCUCAUUCAACCAGGUUCCAAGGGACAGCAGCGGAUCACCAACUGGGGCCCAGCAGCCUUUUCUGAUGCAGAGCUCAGUCUGAGAGAGAAGAAAUGGCAGGAGAUGAAGAACCAGGCGGCCCAGUAGAGAGCCCCUGUAAGCCCUGAACCUUAAACAUGUCUACAAGUAAGAAGAGAAGACAAGAGAGGGCUGCUGGGAUACUGGCUGGUAACUGGAUUUUCAGUGGAAUCCAAGUGAGAUUUACAAGGAUAAUGUAAGGCAUUUCAUGUUAAGGGGGCAUUAAGUAAUCAAUGACCCUUAUCCCUUUUAUGAAUCAUUAAGUGUUGGCCACUAUAGAUUAAAGGAGACUCAAGUAACAUUAUGAGGAUUAAGUUCACUAAUUCUAGCAGGGAUCCAACAAAAAUAGUAAGUUAAGUGAUAACACCAGGGAAAAUGCUGGAAUAAUAGCUUUGUUGUUAUAUUUGUCUCCGUUUGUUGCUUAAUGUAUUGAUUGCUAUGUCAGUCGCUUGGUCUUGUAUAUCUGAGCAGUUAAAAAUGUAGAUUUGUAGUGUCCAGGAAGUCCAAGGAAUAGAGAGUUCUCUUUCCAAAACUGUGUACAGGAUGUAAAAUUAGUUGUAAAGGCUUGGCAAGGUUGGGUCAUAUAAAAUUCAUCUUUAACCCUAACAACCACCACCACAGGUACAGUCGGUUUAGGCUACAGAGCAGGAAAAGAAACUUUAAAUAGUGCCUUGGACAUCUUAAUUUUUCAAUAGCUGAGCAUUGAUCCAGCACUAGCUGACCGAAUGGCACACGAGUCAUAAUACAAUAAAGCAUACGGCAACCAUCAGAAUUUUGAAAGAUGACUCCAUCUACUUUAGACCUUCUGUAGGUCUCGCUCUCGAAGCUACAAAUUCUUUUUUAUACAACGUUAGUACUUCAUGGUCUAUGAACUUUGGACAAAUAUGUUAGAGCUAACCAUGGCUAAAAUUUGACCAAGCUAACAAUAUACUUAAUUUAAAUCUGUUGAUGUGCAGCUUAUUAAAAGUCAUUAUUGUAAAUGUGAGCACCUUUGUCAUUUUCUUCCACUUUGUCCCGACUGUCGAUUUGUGUCUAAUAAAUGCACUACUGUUGACCAGAGUCUGACCUGUCCAACGCAAAUUGCAUGAGCAUGUUUUAGGUUCACGCUGUUGUAAAGUUGGUGAAUGAUGAAUCGCACCUGAAGUUGUAAGAUCUACUCUCUUUCCUGUGACUAUUUCCCCUCUUAACUCUUUGGGACCAUUUUUACAUGGAAAUAUAAGGGGUUUUUGUACAUAUUUUAACAACGGUUUCUGUUUUCCGUACUAAAGUUAAGCUGCAUAAAAGUAGUAUGAGUAGCUCCUGAGGGUGACAUGUUUAAUGUAAAGUCAAUUAUGUUUAACAAAGUUGUCUUCCUUAAUUGAACCUUAAUUGAAAUAUCAUGUACGAUUCACUAAAUCUUUUAUUAUCAAAGUGCUUUUUUUCUCCAAUUUGUCUGACCUAGGUUUUUAUGUCUGUCACCAUCAGUGCCUUUGAUACCAUCAUGACUCAUGAAUUUUAUGUUUUUAUAUAUAUGUAAAAAGCUGAAGACUGAACUAUGUAAUAAAGCAUAUGUUGAAUAA